AUGGAGGUUGUGUAUCUAGGGGCUCAACAUAUAGGGGUUAUAAUAGAAAAGCCAUCAGUAUAUGAUAACUGUAUUAAGACCAUUGCUAGUCUGCGUUUAGAGAAUCAACAACUUUAUACAGAGCUAAAUAGAUUUCAAGUUGAAAACACACAUCUGAAAACAAAACUGCUCAACCUAAAAUUUGAAGAUAGUGCAGUGGCUACAGACAGCAAGACAAUAUUUUAUACCGGUAUUCCGUCUAAAGCUUUAUUUAUGUGGGUUUUGAGUUUUUGUACUACUGUGCUUGCUUCUUCUCGUGUCGUCUCUCCAAAAGGUGUGUUACUGUGUCUACUCAUUAAGCUCAGACUAAUUCUACAUUUAGAAGACAUUGCUUUCCGCCUGAAUAUUUCAAAGACAACCGUGUCAGACAUUCUCAACCAAGGAUUACCUGCCCUAGCCAAGAAGUUGAACUUUUUAGUACAGUGGCCAGACAAAGACAGUCUUAUCAAGAACAUGCCAGUGAUUUUCAAAAAGACUUAUCCUCGAUGUGUAAGCAUUAUAGAUUGUUUUGAGGUUUUUAUAAAUCGACCAGGUCACCUUACAGCAAGAGCUCAAACAUGGUCCAACUACAAGCACCACAACACAAUUAAGUUUCUCGUUUCCAUAACCCCAACUGGUGUCAUAUCAUAUGUUUCAAGAGCAUUCGGUGACAGGACAUCAGACAAAGUCAUUACUCAACGCAGUGGAUAUCUAGACAAAUUAGAACAUAGUGACCAAGUUUUAGCUGACCGUGGAUUUUUGAUUUCAGAAGAAUUAGCUAGUCACGGAGCUACUUUGAUAAUCCCAGCAUUUACUCGUGGCAAAUCUCAACUUAGUGCAAAAGAAAUUGAACUCACAAGACAGAUUGCCCAUGUACGUAUACAUGUUGAACGUACCAUAUAG